UUUUGUCUGACUAGAAAUCAAUAUUGACAUCAAUGGAUGAUAAUAAAACAAAAUUCAAAAUAAAGGAUCGAAUAAAUUUUCAUUCUUGGGAAUUGGGAUGGGAAUAAACUCUUAUAAUGGAGAAAAAAAUAUUGUUUUAAGAGCAUCACCAGAGGGAUUUACAGCACUACAUGUAUAACAGUAUAAGUAUUUUAUUUUAUUAUAUAUUGAAAAUUAACAAAAUAGCACUUCUGUGCCUCGCCACUCCGACUCCAACCGAGGAAGAGUCUUGAAACAGUGAAGGAGGUUUUGUAGAUGGACUGUGUGAAAUUUUGAUAAAGUUGGAUUUGUAUUUGCAGUUUUGUGGGUUUGUAUUUUUAUUUUUAGAUAAUGGAAGGAGAUGAUAGUUUGGAUAUUAGCAGUUGGGGUUACUAUGAGCCAACUACCUCCUUUAAAAGUCAUAUGGUUGGACAGUUUUUGCCACUGGGUAUGCCUGAUAAGUCUCUUGUUCCUGCUCGAAAUGCUGGUGCAGUAAUGGCGAGUGCCACCGGAGGGUUUGAUGAGAGGGACAUGUACUCCAUGGAGUAUUUGAGGGAUGUUUGGAUUAGCCAGAGGGAAUGGCUUGUCAAUGUGUUGCCUGGAAAUUUGGAUUUUGGCAUUGUGCCGGAGAUGUCUACGGAUCAUUGUAUGCAGAUUGAUCAAGUAACCAAGUGUAGGGAUGAGAUGGUUGGUCAAGUAGAAGAUGCAGUUUGUGAAAAGGAUAGUGGCACUACUAGGAAAAAACAGAGCCCCAAGGUGCCAAAAUCUCCAAAAAAAGCUAAGCAAGUCCCUCAAGUGUCGAAAGCAGAGAAUGGUUCUGCGGCUCAACGAGCAAGGUUGAAAAGGAAACCAGCAGAAAUUGUGAUAAAUGGGGUUGAUAUGGACAUUUCUAGUAUUCCCAUACCGUUUUGCUCUUGUACUGGAAUGCCUCAGCAGUGUUACCGCUGGGGCUGUGGCGGGUGGCAAUCUGCAUGUUGUACAACAGCAUUGUCAUUGUAUCCCUUGCCAAUGAGUACCAAAAGGCGAGGAGCGAGGAUAGCUGGGAGAAAAAUGAGUUUAGGAGCUUUUAAGAAGGUUCUGGAGAAACUCGCAGCUGAGGGUUACGACUUUUCUAAUCCUAUCGAUUUGAAGACUAAUUGGGCUAAACAUGGUACGAAUAAGUUCGUCACCAUUAGGUAGAUGCAAUUCUUGGAUCCAAAUACUGGUAUACCCUUGUAUUCUGCAUGUUUCUCUUGUCUAGAUAUUUGUAUCUAGCUAUCUGAUGAGUUUUCAGAGGCAGUUUAUGAUCUUUGAAUUUUCUCAGGCAUGUAGAAUGUUCUUCGAAUUGUACCUUUUCAGAAUGUAUGCGAAUAUGUUCUCUUCA